CAGACUUUCGGCUCUGCUUGGACUCGUUUAUCAUUUUCGUAGCCUCUCUUUUUCAUGCUUCCGGGCCUAUUUAUAUAGCCUACUUUCAUCAGAAAAGCACCCCCCCAUGUCGGAUAUUGUGGAGGGUGUCGUGCUUGUGUUUAACCCCGCACAGGACAGUAGCGAGGACACAGGUAUCACCGAGUUUCCGUUUGAGUUGAUAGAGUCGUACACACCAGUCCAGGAUAUCCCGCAGUACAUGUUCCGUCUUGAGCGGCAGGUGGUGCGCGAGACACAAGAGUACCGGGACGAGGAGGCGGUGCGGAAAAUGCACAUUGAAAUGCAGCGGACCAAGCCGGAGGAGGAGCAAGAGCAGGCACCGGCAGUUAACCGGCAGCCGGAAGAGAGCAGCGUCAGCAGAGCAGCCCAGCCACCGGAGAGUCCGGUAGCCCAGGAGCAGCGGGUGCAGCCGCAAAUUGUGCCGCCGCAAAUUGUGCCGCCGCAAAUUGUGCCGCCAAUGUCGCCGCUGCCAGAGCAGGUCAGUACUCGGCCGAGGCCAGAGACAAUGGCGGCGACAUCGCGGGUGAAGAGCCUGGCAAGCAGCGUGCGCAGUAUGAGAAGCAGCGCGUCGCUGGUUGCAGAGGAGCAGGGGCAGAAAGGCAAGACGCCAGUGAAGAGCAAAAUCAAAAGCAUAUUCUGGUCGAGAUCGAAAACGAGCCAGCUGUAAGAGCAAUUGCCAGUUUUGCGUUUCGAAAGGCUGCCCCACCCUUCUAUAAUUUCUUUAUCUAAAAGCUCGUCUUGUUAUUGUAUUUUGUUUUAUGUCCAAGUUUCUGGGUCCAUCAGCUUCU